AUGAUUCGGGCUGGGAUACGCGUCUUCAAAGAUAACGAAGAGCUCCAUGUAGGAGAAGAGAUUGGAGGUGAGCUUCUAAGGGCAAUCUCUAAUUCAAAAAUCUACAUACCGAUCUUCUCUAAAAACUAUGCUUCUAGCAAAUGGUGUCUUCGUGAGCUCGCACACAUGGUGGAGCAUAGGAAGAGAGGUGAGAAAGUGAUCUUGCCCAUCUUCUAUGAGGUGGAUGCAUCAGAUCUUAAGCUCAGAACUGGAUCACACGGUAAGGCCUUAGAAAAUCAUGAGAAACAGUCUGGCAAAAUUGUGGCCAAGCAGUGGGAGGAGGCCCUAAAAGAGGUCGCUGGAAUUAAGGGAUUGAACUUAAAAGAUCACCGCCGAGAUAAACUUAUAGCCCUUGCUCUGGAAGAAGUUUUCAGUAAGUUGACACCUAUGCAGAGAAACUGGUGUGAUGAUUUGGUGGGAAUUCACAAUAAGAUGGAAGCCAUUAUCAAGUUGUUAGGCCUAGGCACGAUUGAUGUACGAUUUGUGGUGACUCACGGUAUGGGCUUUUUAGAUAUCCGUGAAAAUGACAUUUUAAAUUUGCGAAAGAAAUUGUCACGUGACAUCCUUGGUAUUCAACAUUCAAAAGUUAUUGAUGUGUAUGAGGGGAGGGACAUGAUCGAAGAAAGACUCCAUGAUAAGAAAGUCAUCCUUAUUCUUAAUGAUAUGGACAAGAAGGAUCAGCUCAUGAAGCUUGUUGAUUAUACUAGUGUAAGUGCAUUACCAGAUUCCAUUGGAGGACUAGAAUCGCUACUCGAAUUGGAUUUAUCUUCUACACCUAUCGAAGAAUUACCCCAUUCUAUUGGUGGACAGUUGCAGCUCAUGAUUUUGCAGGAAAGUAAGAUAAGAGAGCUCUUUGGAGAGUAUAGGGACUUUGGAGAAUCUUGA